AUGUCUAGCUCUCAUUCUACUCAUGCUUCUUCUUCCAAUGUAGUCGGUGUUCAUUAUCGAGUCGGUCGAAAGAUUGGAGAAGGUUCAUUCGGUGUUAUCUUUGAAGGUACCAACUUACUUAACUCAACUACCGUAGCCAUCAAAUUCGAACCACGCAAAUCAGAUGCUCCUCAACUUAGAGAUGAAUAUCGCACUUACAAGAUCUUGGCUGGAUCUCCUGGUGUUCCUCAAGUUUAUUACUUUGGUCAAGAAGGUCUUCAUAAUAUCUUGGUCAUCGAUCUCUUGGGUCCCAGUUUAGAAGACUUGUUUGAUAUGUGUGGUCGAAAGUUUAGUAUCAAGACUGUGGUUAUGACUGCUAAACAGAUGCUUACCCGAGUCCAAACCAUUCACGAAAAGAAUCUUAUCUACCGUGAUAUCAAACCUGACAACUUUUUAAUCGGACGACCCAUGACUAAAGGUGCCAAUGUCGUCCAUGUGGUUGAUUUUGGAAUGGCCAAACAAUAUCGAGACCCGAAAACAAAGGUUCAUAUUCCAUACCGAGAACGUAAAUCAUUAUCUGGUACCGCUCGUUACAUGUCUAUCAACACCCAUCUUGGUCGUGAACAAUCUAGAAGAGAUGAUUUAGAAGCCUUGGGUCAUGUGUUCAUGUACUUUUUGAGAGGUGGUUUACCUUGGCAAGGUUUGAAAGCUGCUACUAACAAACAAAAGUAUGAGAAGAUUGGUGAAAAGAAACAGAGUACUCCGAUCAAGGAGUUGUGUGAAAACUUCCCAGAGGAGUUCAGCAUCUACUUGAACUAUGUAAGGAAAUUGGGCUUUGAAGAAACGCCUGAUUACGAUUUCUUGCGGGAAUUGUUCACCAAGGUCCUCAAGAACACUGGCGAGGCUGAGGAUGGGGUUUAUGACUGGAUGAUCUUGAACAACGGUAAAGGAUGGGAAGCCAGCUCAACUGUAAGUGGAACUCUCAUCAGCUCACUUGAACUACUAGCCUUGUCCUGA